AUGUCAGGAUUCGUUUUCGAUGGAGUUUGGGUCGCAGGGCUUUUGUACGAGCUUGGUGUUAAGCUCGAGCUUAAGGCGGGUACCAUUGAGUUCCGGAAUGUCACCUUUUUAAUUCCCGGAGCAGUGGCCGGCAGCUCUCUCAUCAUGGAUAACAUGAGCUUCGUCAUCGAAGGAGGAUUGACAGUUGCCUUUGUCGGGCCAACCGGUGCCGGCAAGUCGACUAUAUUAUCCUUGAUAGCACGCAUGUUUACUGCGACAUCUAGUUAA